CCUGUCUUCUCUCUCCUCCUUCUUCUUCCAUUAAUGUCCUCUGCUUCUCUCACUUCCCCAACUCUGCACCUCUUUAUCGCUCUCUCUCUCUUUCCCUUUCUUCAUCUCUCCAUUCCUCGUGUCCUUCACUUCUCCCCUCCACCUUAACGCAACCUCACCAAAUCCCCCCUUCUUCUUCUUCUUCCCCCCUCCAUCCCCAACCCUCUAUUCCUUCCAUUCCCAAGCCCAAUCUGAACUCCCUUUCUCAAUUCCGAGCACCAUGGGAGGAAUUCCCAUCUAUGGUGUCUCUUCCCUCCUCUUCAUCCUCCUCACCCUUUCCAUUACCUCCACCGCAUUGCCCACUCCUUCUUCCCCCAAACACCACCAUCAUUCCCAAUCUUCCACCGCCGCCGCCGCCCAAAUCAACUCCAACUCCGUCCUCGUCGCCCUCCUCGACUCCCAUUACACCGAGCUCGCCGAGCUGGUCGAGAAGGCCCUCCUCCUCCACACUCUCGAGCAAGCCGUCGGCAACCACAACCUGACCAUCUUCGCCCCACGCAAUGAAGCCCUGGAGCGCCGCCUCGACCCGGAGUUCAAGCGCUUCCUCCUCGAGCCUCGCAACCUCCACUCCCUCCAGACCCUUCUCAUGGCCCACAUUCUCCCCUCCCGGGUCGGAUCCCCCGACUGGCCCCAGCCCUCCGACCCAUCCCGCCGCCACCGCACCCUCUCCUCCUCCCACCACCUCCACCUCUCCACCAAACCCACCGGCCAGAAGACCGUCGACUCCGCCGAAAUCGUCCGACCCGACGACGUCACCCGACCCGACGGUGUCAUCCACGGCAUCGAGCGCCUCCUCAUCCCUCAAUCCGUCCAGGAAGACUUCAACCGCCGCAGGAAUCUCAGAUCCAUCUCCGCCGUCAUCCCUGAGGGAGCUCCCGAAGUAGAUCCCAGAACCCACCGAUUGAAGAAACCCGCAGCGGCGGCGGUACCCGUCGGAGCCCCACCCGUUCUCCCCAUUUACGACGCUCUUGCCCCGGGUCCUUCUCUAGCUCCGGCUCCCGCUCCGGGACCCGGAGGCCCACACCACCACUUCGACGGGCACAGCCAGGUGAAGGACUUCAUCCACACGCUGUUGCAUUACGGCGGGUACAAUGAAAUGGCGGAUAUCCUGGUCAAUUUGACCUCGCUUGCCACCGAGAUGGGGCGGCUGGUUUCCGAAGGCUAUGUGCUGACUGUUCUGGCGCCGAACGAUGAGGCGAUGGCGAAACUGACGACGGACCAGCUCAGUGAGCCGGGCGCGCCGGAGCAGAUCAUUUAUUACCAUAUCAUCCCCGAGUACCAGACGGAAGAGAGCAUGUAUAAUGCGGUGAGGAGGUUUGGUAAAGUGAAGUAUGACACUCUGCGGUUGCCCCACAAGGUUACUGCGCAAGAGGCAGACGGGUCGGUUAAGUUCGGGGCGGGUGACGUGUCGGCGUACCUGUUCGACCCGGACAUCUACACGGACGGCAGGAUUUCGGUACAGGGGAUUGAUGGGAUUCUGUUCCCGGAGAGCGAAGCCGGCGAGCCGCUGAGGAAGCCGGCGAGUCCCGUCAAAGUGGUGACCAAGCCCAGGAGAGGUGGAAAUUGAUGGAGGUAGCCUGCACAGUGAUUGGCUCUUAUUUCACCCCUUCUUCCUGUCAAUGAACAUACAACUUCUUUCUUUUUUUUAUUCCCUUUUUUUUUUUAUUCUCUCUCUCUUUUACAAAAAAGAAACCCAAAAAAAAAAAAACAGCAAAUUACAACUGGGGAGCCAUUGGAGGAGAUAGAGAAACUGGUAGCAAAGACUUUUGUGUAGAAGAAGGAGGAGGAAACAUGAAAUGAUAAUAAAGAAGGGGAAGGGCUGAUGUGGGCAUCAUCUAGCAUAGAAGGAAGGAAGGUCUCUUUUCCCUGCUUAUUAUUAGGAUCCAUAUAAAUAUAUAUUAUAUAUGAAUGAAGCGAGCAAGGGAGAGGGGUUUUUGAGUGCUUGUUUUUUGUUCAUCAUAAUGAAGAAAGAUUAAGGGGAAAAAGGAGGGUGAAAUUUACUGUAAUUAAAUGUUCAUGUAAUCAUUUCAAUUUAUUCUUUCUUGUUUCUCAAUUUUAGAGUUGCAACUUUUGAGUAGUGUAGUGUGAUCAAUCCCAGCAUUCAUUUUCAGUUUGGUUACUGUGUCUGGAAUGUCUGGGGUAAAAAAGGCGAGAGUUACUGUUUACUCCCACCCUAGCCAGCAAGUUGGGAAGGAAAGCGCCCCCCUCCCCUCGCUCUCUCCCACCAAUUUGUUUGGUUGUCCUGCCUGUCCGGUCACUCACGGGUUCUGUCUUUAUUUUGUUUCUCUUUAAUUCUUGUAUUUUCUUUUCAAUUUAUUUUGUGCAACGCAAACCAUACAAUAUAUACAUGAAUUUAAUAUGUAUAUAUAUAUAUUCCUAUUGGGAAUAUGUGAGAUUGUCGGUGAGCAGUGUGGUGGAGCACACACAUUUAUGCUACCUAUUAUAUUAUCAAAUCAAUUAUGCAAAA